AUGGCUUCGAGGUCGACUUUGACUUGCCUGCUUCUGCGCGCCUUCCUUCUCUCCAGGGCGCAGCGCUGCGAUGAAGGAGACGCCGCCUGCGCUGCCCGUUCGUCGGCUUUGCUCCAGCACAGCGCCCGUCAGAUGCCUUCAGGAGAGAGUACCUAUGGUGGAGGAGAGAGUCUCUACGGAGGCUCUUCGCUCCCGCCUAUCUGCAAGGAUUCCGCGGACUUCAUGCCAGAGAAGGAGAUGUGGGCCUAUUGCGACAUGUAUUCGGCCGGCGUCGUGGUACCACCGGCUGACGUCUGCAAUGCGCAGACUGGAUGCUAUGGUGACCAGGGCUGGUGCCACUGCGAGAAGAAGGAAGGCUGCGUGGCCGUGGGUGGCACAUGGAUCGCGCAGACUUGCGCAAUGGAGAUGGACACCUUCAGUCCGGAGCAAAUCGAUGCGCUGCGCUUGGCGGACGUGAACGGGACUUGCGUUGACAUCUAUGCCCAGGGCAUGGCAGUCGCGGAUUUCGCAGGCUGGACGGCGCAGUCCUGCUGCCAGUCCUUCCCAGCCUCCGUCUGCAACAAGACGCUCCUGCCCCAAACGCCGUGCUUGCACGAUGAGGACUUCGAGCACAACAAGACCCAAUGGGCCUGGUGCAAUCUCUACCCCACGCCAACCGAGCAUGACUGCAAAGCGCAGGGCUGUGAAGGCAGCGAGUGGCACUGCCACUGCGAAGAAGAAGAGAGCUGCGUCGCCCUAGGCGGCCAGUGGUCGGAGUACCAGUGCUGGCAGGACUUGAAGUGGAUGGCAGCCACGGUGCACGAGGGCAUCGCGAAGGCCAAGCACCAGCACAGCUGCGAUGAUAUCGAAGUCUAUCACAGCAAGCUGGAAUACCAGGUGGAGUGGUUGGGCAAAUCAUGCUGUUCCUCUGGCAUGUCCGUUUGCGAGGAGCUGUGA